GAUUAAUUGUCUGCAGCUGUUCUUUCUGUUCUGCUUAGACUUUACACAAGGUGAGGUUUAAAUAGCCUUCAUCAGGGUACCUAAGUUGGGCUAGAGUCUUGUGGACCCUGUUUUUAUUUUGUAAUGGUGGUUUCAGCGCAGCGCCGGGGCGCUCCGGGGAAGGCGCCGGGCUGGGAGCACCGAUCCUCCUCGCUGCACCAUGACAGAAGAAAGCAAGGGGGAAGGCAAGGGGGAGAGCGGGAAGGACUUGGAGAAGCAGCUUCGCUUACGCGUGUGCGUCCUCAACGAGCUGCUCAAGACGGAGCGGGACUACGUGGGCACGCUGGAGUUCCUGGUGUCGGCUUUUCUUCACCGAAUGAUCCAAUGUGCUGCAGCCAAAGUGGAUAAAAAUGUCACAGAAGAAACAGUUAAGAUGUUGUUUUCAAAUAUUGAAGAUAUUCUUGCAGUUCACAAAAACUUCCUGUCCCUUGUGGAAGAUUGUUUACAGCCAGAACCUAAUGCACAGCAUGAAGUUGGAACCUGCUUUCUGAAUUAUAAAGAGAAAUUCCGUAUCUAUGACGAAUACUGUAGUAACCAUGAGAAGGCACAGAAAGUUCUUCUUGACCUGAACAAAAUAAGAACAGUGCGGACGUUUCUUCUGAACUGCAUGCUCCUUGGAGGACGCAAGAACACAGAUGUACCCCUGGAGGGCUAUCUAGUGACACCAAUACAGAGAAUAUGCAAGUAUCCCCUUCUUUUGAAGGAAUUACUGAAGCGGACUCCAAGGAAGCACAGUGACUAUGCGGCCCUAAUGGAAGCUCUCCAGGCCAUGAAAGCUGUCUGCUCCAACAUAAAUGAGGCCAAGAGACAAAUGGAAAAACUAGAAUUUUUGGAAGAAUGGCAGUCUCAUGUUGAAGGAUGGGAGGGCUCCAACAUCACGGACACGUGUACAGAAAUGCUGAGAAGUGGACUACUACUGAAAAUUUCAGCAGGAAAUAUCCAAGAGAGGAUUUUUUUUCUUUUUGAUAAUCUCUUGGUCUACUGCAAAAAAAAGCACAGGAGAUUGAAGAACAGCAAAGCAUCUACAGAUGGCCACCGUUACCUUUUCCGGGGCAGAAUAAACACAGAAGUUAUGGAAGUAGAGAACGUAGAUGAUGGAACAGCUGAUUACCACAGCAGUGGCCACACUGUCAUUAAUGGCUGGAAGAUCCACAACACAGCAAAGAAUAAAUGGUUUGUAUGCAUGGCAAAAACCCCUGAAGAGAAGCAAGAAUGGCUGGAAGCUAUUUUGAAAGAGCGAGAGAGAAGAAAAGGUUUAAAAUUGGGCAUGGAACAGGACACUUGGGUGAUGAUCUCUGAGCAAGGAGAAAGAUUGUACAAAAUGAUGUGCAAACAAGGGAAUCUCAUCAAAGACAGGAAGAGGAAAUUAACCACUUUCCCCAAAUGCUUUCUUGGAAGUGAAUUUGUGUCCUGGUUGUUGGAAAUUGGAGAGAUACACAAAGCUGAAGAAGGUGUUCACCUUGGCCAAGCUUUACUAGAGAAUGGUAUUAUUCACCAUGUUACAGAUAAGCACCAAUUCAAACCUGAACACAUGCUGUACAGAUUCCGAUAUGAUGAUGGAACAUACUAUCCCAGAAAUGAGAUGCAGGAUGUGAUCUCCAAGGGUGUACGACUGUACUGUCGCCUUCACAGUCUCUUUACCCCAGUAAUUAGAGAUAAAGACUAUCAUUUGAGAACCUACAAAUCUGUGGUUAUGGCUAACAAAUUCAUAGAUUGGUUGAUUGCUCAGGGGGACUGCCGGACGAGGGAGGAAGCUAUGAUAUUUGGUGUAGCUCUUUGUGAUAACGGGUUUAUGCACCAUGUGUUAGAGAAAAGUGAAUUUAAAGAUGAACCACUGCUGUUCCGUUUUUAUGCGGAUGAAGAAAUGGAAGGAUCAAAUAUGAAGCACAGACUCAUGAAACAUGAUCUGAAAGUAGUGGAAAAUGUCAUAGCCAAGUCAUUACUGAUUAAAUCUAAUGAAGGAACCUAUGGUUUUGGUUUAGAAGAUAAAAAUAAAGUGCCGAUUAUUAAAGUGGUGGAGAAAGGAUCAAAUGCUGAGAUGGCAGGCUUGGAAGUUGGGAAGAAAAUCUUUGCCAUUAAUGGUGACCUGGUUUUUCUGCGACCCUUCAGUGAAGUGGAUUGCUUUCUGAAAGCCUGUUUAAACAGCAGAAAGCCCCUGCGGAUUCUUGUGAGCACUAAACCUCGAGAGACAGUGAAGAUUCCUGACUCUGCAGAUGGACUAGGAUUCCAGAUCCGGGGUUUUGGCCCAUCUGUUGUCCAUGCUGUUGGUAGAGGAACAGUGGCAGCUGCAGCAGGUCUCCACCCUGGCCAGUGCAUAAUCAAAGUGAAUGGAAUUAAUGUCAGCAAAGAGACUCAUGCGAGUGUUAUUGCUCAUGUCACAGCCUGCAGGAAGUACAGGCGGCCAAUGCAGCAAGAUUCUAUUCAGUGGGUUUACAAUAGCAUUGAAAGUGCACAGGAAGAUCUUCAGAAAACAAACACCAAACCCUCUGGAGAUGAUGGAGGCGAUGCCUUUGACUGUAAAGUGGAAGAGGUAAUUGACAAAUUCAACACGAUGGCAAUAAUUGAUGGAAAGAAAGAUCAUGUGAGUCUGACUGUUGACAAUGUUCAUCUGGAGUAUGGAGUGGUUUAUGAGUAUGACAGCACAGCUGGAAUAAAAUGCCAUGUCUUGGAAAAAAUGAUUGAACCAAAGGGAUUUUUCAGUUUGACUGCAAAGAUUCUUGAAGCAUUGGCAAAAAGUGAUGAACAUUUUGUGCAGAAUUGCAACAGCCUCAAUUCCUUAAAUGAUGUGAUCCCCACUGAACUUCAAAGUAAAUUCAGCGUUAUUUGCAGUGAGAAAAUUGAGCAUAUCUACAGAAGAAUCUCUAGUUAUAAAAAGUUUUCAAGAGUAUUAAAAAACAGAGCUUGGCCUACCUUCAAACAAGCUAAGUCAAAGAUCUCACCACUUCACAGCAGUGAUUUCUGUCCAACCAAUUGCCAUAUCAAUGUGAUGGAAGUGUCUUACCCUAAGACCUCAACAUCCCUUGGUAGUGCCUUUGGUGUACAGUUAGACAGCAGAAAACAUUCUUCCCAUGAAAAGGAAAAUAAAAACACCGAUCAAGGUAAACUGAAUCCCAUGAUUUAUGUCCAACAUACCCUUACUACUAUGGCUGCCCCUUCAGGACAGUCUCUUGGCCAGCAAGAGGGCCAUGGUCUGAGGUACCUCUUAAAAGAAGAAGACUUAGAAACACAAGAUGUCUACCAAAAAUUGCUGUUCAAAUUACAAGCUGCGCUGAAAGAGGUGGAAACAUGUGUCUGCCAAAUAGAUGACCUUCUUUCUUCAAUAACAUAUUCUCCCAAAUCAGAACGUAAAACGCCUGAGCCUUUAAUACCAGCAGACAGUGAUAAUGAAAAGGGUGAAAGGAAUGGGAAGAAAGUCUGUUUCAGUGUAACAGGUGAUGAACAAGAAGAUUCUGGUCAUGAUACCAUCAGUAACAGGGAUUCUUACAGUGACUGCAACAGCAAUAGGAACUCCAUUGCCUCUUUCACCAGCAUUUGUAGCAGUCAGUGCAGUUCUUAUUUUCACAGUGAUGAAAUGGAUUCAGGUGAUGAGCUUCCCAUAAGUGUCCGAAUCUCCCAUGAUAAACAGGACAAGCUCCAUAGCUGCUUGGAGCAUCUUUUUGGUCAAGUCGAUUCAAUCGUCAAUCUUUUGAAAGGACCAGCUGUGAUGAGGGCCUUUGAGCAGACAAAGUACUUUACACCAGGUCGAGGCCUCCAAGAGUUUCAGCAAGAAAUGGAACCAAAGCUCAACUGCCCAAAGAGGCUACGACUCCACAUCAAGCAAGACCCUUGGAACCUCCCCAGCAGCGUCCGGAGCCUUGCCCAGAAUAUCAGAAAAUUUGUUGAAGAGGUGAAGGCACGAAUACUCUUGGCACUUCUAGAAUAUACAGAUAGCGAGAUACAACUGAGGCGAGACAUGGUCUUCUGUCAGAGCCUGGUGGCCACAGUCUGCGCGUUUUCAGAGCAGCUGAUGGUGGCCUUAAAUCAGAUGUUUGACAGCAACAAAGAGUAUGAAAUGGAGACCCUGGAGGCCAGCAGAAGGUGGUUGGAACAGAUAGCCAGUGCAGGUCUCCUCCUUCAUUUCCAGUCCCUGCUCUCUCCAAACCUGGCUGAUGAACAAGCUAUGCUAGAAGAUACAUUGGUUGCAUUGUUUGACUUGGAAAAAGUUACUUUCUACUUCAGACAAUCAGAGCCAGAACCACUAGUCGCAAAUGUACCAAUCACAUACCAAGCAGAAGGAAGCCGGCAAACAUUGAAGGUUUACUUCUACCUUGAUGGUUACCAUUUUGAACAGCUUCCUCAAAGGCUGAAGAAUGGAGGAGGAUUUAAAAUCCACCCAGUACUUUUUUCACAAGCAUUAGAGAGCAUGGAAGGAUACUAUUACAGAGACAGUGUCUCAGUGGAAGAAUUUCAAGCUCAGAUUAAUGCUGCCUCACUAGAAAAAGUCAAGCAGUAUAACCAGAAACUACGGGCAUUCUACCUGGACAAGUCAAACUUGCCUCCAAAUUCAACAUCUAAGGCAGCUUAUAUAGAUAAGCUGAUGAGGCCUCUCAAUUGCUUGGAGGAGCUUUACCGGCUCAUAGGCUCCUUCAUCCGAUCCAAGCGCACGGCUGCCUGUGCCUACACCGCGUGCAGCGCUUCCGGCGUUGGACUGCUCUCGGUGGCGUCGGAACUCUGUAGCAGGCUUGGAGCUUGUCACAUCAUCAUGUGCAACAGCGGAGUUCACCGCUGCACUCUGAGCGUCACCCUGGAGCAGGCGAUCACGCUGGCACGGAGCCAUGGGCUGCCCCCUCGCUACAUCAUGCAAGCGACGGACGUCAUGCGCAAACAGGGAGCGAGAGUACAAAACACAGCCAAGAAUUUAGGAGUGAGAGAUCGAACGCCACAGUCUGUGCCACGAUUAUACAAGCUGUGCCAGCCACCACCACCUGUUGGAGAAGAAUGAGGAGAUCUGCUCCAGAAAACAACCCAGUAAUGGUCUUCAGGAUACUGGGACUAUAUGACAAAAAUCCAACUGCACUGUAGCAGUAUGUCUCUGCAGCUUUGAUAAAUAAGAGAGAAAAAAAAAUCUUUUACUCAGGAAAAAGAAAGAAAUACCCUGAAUAUUACCUACUAGCAUUGAAAAAUGUCUUCCCAAAAGCAUUUCUGAAAUCUGUGCACUCCAGCCUUACACUCAUAGGAUAGUACUCUUCCUUGGGAAUUUUACACUGGAAUCAGAUUAAUUUGUUGUGUCUUGUUCAGCCACAUGAUAGGUAUAGCCAGCAGCUUGAAAAAAAUAAUCUUGUUUAGAGGGAAUGUCUUCACUUGUACACUUUGCAGAAUGUUCUUGUGUUCUUGUGGAAGCCUAGAUAAACGAGGCUUGAUAAUGAGCAUGCACUUCAUAUGGGACCCUUUGCACUUGAUAAAUCUUUUUUUCCUGCCACCAUCAUAAUUUCUUGGAAUGUUGACUUUACUGUUUCAAGAAUAUAAUGUGAGGUUUAAAGAUGGAAUGCUCAUUUCAGAAUUGUGUUUAAUGACUGCAGGCAGCUGCUAUGGAUGUGUGCUUGUAAUCAGUAAACUCAGCCAUGUCUGAAGUAGUGCUUGUCGCACUGCUUUGGAAGGAGUGCCUACAUGGCAUUAGGGGUGCCUAAUGGUGUGGCAUAUAAGGUAAAGUUCUGCCCUUUUGCAGCUGCCUUAUAAUGAAGGAUGAGUCUGACUUUCAUCCAUUGUUAGGCUGUUUCAGACUCUAAUAGAUUUUUUUGCAUUAUUACAUCUCUGCACUUCAGAGUUUUCCAGUUGUGUAUAUUCUUCUAUAGCACUACAUUAACAAAUCUACAUAAGGCAGAGAUGAGUCAGUAUUGUUAAACUGGAAAUGACUGCUUGAAGUUCAAGUAUAGUUUGGGGUUUUGAUGUUUUAUGCUACCAUUUUCCACAUUUUGACAGAAUGGUUUUGUAUAGCAUCUCAGUUCUUUGGAGUGGUAAUUGUUAUAGAUUUAUUUUGAAAUUUUACUAACUGUUUAGAGAGUCCAGGGAGAAUUUAUCUGCAUUUGGCUGUUCUUAUGGCCAAAGAAUUUUCAGAGAAAAUGCCCCCAAAUGAGGAUUUCUAUAUGAACAUAUUAAAACAAAAACUGUAUUCUGAAAUAUUUCUACUUGUAGCACUAGCUGUGUAUUCCAUUACAGCAAGACACAUACUGUCUGAAUAAAAAUUAUUUUUUGUACAACAGCGGCCUGUAGUCAUGCUGUAGCAGUCAAACCUCACAACAUAAUUUUAUAUAUGAUCUAAAUAUUUAUGACUCUAUUCAUCUGCAAUGACAUAAGUGAGAAUUCAAAGGGAUCUGUACUCUUGAAGAGAGCGGUUUUUUUUUAAUAGAGGAUAUUUAGGGAACUUGUUACUUUUCUCCAAAGGAGGAACUAGAGCUCCUACCUUUUUCAGUAUUCUAAAUGUUUUUACACAGACCUUAACUUUGCUAAGAUAAUAAAUAUUUUUAUAUCUCUACAAAUAUAUAUGUCUGCACAUAUAUGUACAUUUCAACACGUAUAUAUUUAUGUAGUCGUAUCAAUAACUAGUCCUACCAUAAAUAGAGCAUUUUUGCCGUAAACAAGGACAAAGACAUGCAGUAAUGAACACUCCAGUAACAACUUCACCUUUGUGCUUUAAAGUUUACUCUCUUUCAUAGUUACUGGAAGCUAUUGUACUAUGGUUGUUUUGAUUAAAAAAACCCCUUAAUACACAAAAACAAAAUCAAAAUUUUAAAAAAAAUAUUUUUAAAGGCUUUUGUUUAGCAUGAUCUAAUGCUUACACAUAAGAAAGAGUUAUGUUUUCUACAAUUGCUGUUCUAGUCAGGAUCUCAUACUUUCAGAUGUGUUUCCUUCAGAGCAGCUCUAUUGGCUACAGUAAUUCCUGCUCCAGACAAAAGCGCCAGUUUCUUAGUUUCUGCUUGUUCAGUUUCUGCUUGUUCAGACAUCAGAAGUACAGAGAAGCCAUAAGCACCUCAAGCCAAGGGUGUGCCAGUGUCAGCCCAGCUCUGAGCUCACAUGAGGUUUGAUUUACUGUGAGGGAAGUCAGCUGUCGGCUGCAUGGAGCUGCUGAGCCUGUAUACAAUAAAAUAACCUAGAGGACAAAAUCUGUUCCAUGUACAUGCAUUAUUGUAACUAGUCAUCGCUUUUUUUUAUAUAGCAUUGAAAACGGUAGGAGUGCAAAUACUCCAAAAUAGUCUCCCUGUAUAAUAUGGUAAUUCCCUGUUUCAUUUUGUUGUUGAAAUCAUGGGAUAACAGACAUUUGUAAGGGAUAAAUAGUUAUAAGCUAGUCACUGGACAAAAUUCUUCAGAUGUUGUUUCAUGAGUGUGCAUCAGAAAUCUUGACCUCUUGUUUUGGUAUCUAACUUUUGGUCUUUUAUUCUUUUGUGCCACCUCUAGAGACAGUUUUCAAAAACCUAUUCAACAUUAUGAGUUGUUUUGGUGACCCAUACUGCAAAGUAUAGUGUCUAUUUAGCCAGGUAUCAAAGGAGCUGCAAAACUUAAGCCCUGGUUUUGUGAGAUUACAGAUAACACAUAAAAAUAUGAUUCCACAGUAACACACAAAAUCACAAAAUCAGUUAGGUUGGAAAAGAUCUCUGGGAUCAUUGACUCCAACUUGUAGAUCCAGUCCAAUCUAUUUUCUGAGGAACUGGGGCACAAAUGGCCCACUUACUGUCUGUUAAAAAGGUGAGACCUGAUCUCUCAAAAUGUUCUUCAGUGGCCUGUAUAAAACAUUCUGUAGUGUUUCACACAGAAAUUUCUGUGUGUGAAAUCUGUGUAGAAUUCAGAUUGCUUUUCUUGUCCCUCUGCUUACAGAGCACACUGCACAUUCUAACACCAUCCUAUUGAUUUCUAUUAACAUUAAAUGGACUUUAAUAAGUCUAUUCUUAAAAUAUAAGACAUGUUCAUUAUUAAAGCUGUUUAUCUUGUUUGCUAUAUGUAUAGGAUGUAUUUAUUCCUUAUACAAGGUGCACUUGCAGAGUAAAAAAAAAAAAAUAUAUAUAUCUAUUCUCAUCACAGUAUGUUUAUCCUCUCAUUAAAUUUUAAACUCACAGGUGACAAGAAGAGACGACCAAGAGUGAUGAUUUACAAGAAUUGUAUCACCUAUAGCUUCUUAAAUCUCUGUUUUGACAGAAAUGGGUUAUGUAGCCUUUUUUUACAAUGUGUUGCACUGGUUUAGGGAAAGCAUUCUGUAUGUAAUUUUUACUUUUUCACUCAAGGCAAGUGUAAUUCUUCUGGGAAUAAAUUCAAGAACCUAGAGGCAUACAUUACAAAAUACUACUAUGAUUCAAUGCUAGCCUGGGAAGGGAGGGUUACAGGCCAAGGAACAGCUGAGUUGCCAUAGCAUCCAUGAUUGGAGAAAAUGUAAAUUUUAAGUAAAGCUUAGGAUGUUUGGCCUAUCUUUCCAACUAUCAUCUAUGAAUAAUAGGAUGUUAAACAGUCUUUAGUCUAUGAAAUGGCCAUUGAUUCAGUCUAGUUCCCCGAAUUAGUUAUUUUUAAUAUCUAUUUUCCUUGUAGAUUGUAAAUGUAAAUAAAUAUAAAAAUGUAUAUAGGCCAGUUUUUCAAUGUCAAACUUUGUGUUUAGAGAUCCACUUUAAAGUCAAUGUUCCUGCUGUCAGCUGAAGCAACCAACCAAUUUCAUGUCCACUGAGAUAGCUGGAAUCUUUAGUGGCUUUUUGGGUAGAUUUCACUGGGUUUUAGCAAAUGCAUCAGGUUUUUGGAUUGGUUUGUGUUUGUUUAUUUUAAUGCAGUCAGUAGUGGUCAGAACUGCUCUUGUACUGGUUUUGAGCCAAAACAAUUAACCUUCAGUCAACAAGGAUUUAUAAUAGUCAUAGUUAAUUUCAUUUUUUAGAAUCCUUUAAUGGAAAAACAAAAUGAACCACUUCUACUGAUCUGUUUUUAGUGAGAGAAAUUCACAAGCAAAUGUGUUUUAUUAAUUCAUUGUCAGAUGUAGAGUGUGUGUGUGUGUGUAUAUAUAUACAUAUAUGUAUGUAUUUAAGACAACUGCCUGAAUGUGAGUAUACACAUCGUGGUCAAGCAUGAUGCUCAGAAAAGGAAAGUGUCUUUCAUUUAUUCCAUUUAAAUGAGAAAAUCAGUAACUGUAUUAUAUAUACAUAUUGUUCCAUACUCUUUGCUUUACAUCUCCUUCAUGGAUAUGUCUGCCGGUAUUUUACACAUAUUUUGCUCCAUUUUUGUUUAACAGUGGGAAAAGAGCUAAUGCAUUGCCUUAUGUAUUUUAACUUUGUACUUGAUAAAUGCAGGUAGUGCUUUUCUAAUUGUACUCCAACAGUACUCUGGCAUUGGUAAAUUAGAUGUGCAGUACAUACCUGACUCAGGAUACCUGGAUUUUUCAUCAUUAAGCUUUUGAAGUAUAAAAAGAUACUUAACUCAUAUUUUUGUAUGCUGACAGUUGUGUAGGGUUUUUUUAUAUACUGUAUAUAUCAACCAAGUUUUCCUAAAGAAAGUUUAUUAUUAUUAAUGUUUCCCUUUUCCUGCUAGAAGAUGUGGGUUUAUGUUUUCUUGUUAUGUAUGCAAAAAUGAAUAUACAGCAUGCACAGUCAUGCAGAUGUUAACACCGGUGAGAAAUUUCAGAUUGUCCAGAGGGUAAUCAGGCUUUUUUCCCUUAUGUUCUUCUCUAAAAUAUAUAUAUCUCCAUACUAGAAAUCUGCUUUAGAAAUAACUUCUACAUCAGUUUCAAAGUCGAAUAUAGUGUUCAAAGUAGUUGGGACAUUUCUGCAAGUACUUAGAUUUGGACUUUCAUGGGAAUAUCCACGACAUCGUCUGUGUGUGUAUGUGUGUCCUAUCUGCAGUACCAUACACCAGAUUUAAAAGACUAAGCAGCCUUAUUAACUUCUUUACACCCUGUAUAUAGUGUAUGUAUUUGGUUUUACUUGUGUUACACUUUAAAAAUGAACUUAAUUUCUGCAUUGAGUAUUGCACACAUUUUUCAAAUUAAGAAUAUAUUUUGUAACAUCUCAUUAAGCACAAGAGACCAUUACUGCUUUGAAAUAUUAUUUGUAAGUACAGCCAUACACAGAACGUCUCAGUCAGCUUUUGUUUGAAAACAAUCAAACUAGCAGUUCUGUGGGUAGUUAAGUUUGUUGGGAGUAACCUUUGGAAAUAAAGAUCCUUGGAAGAUGGAUUUAAAUUACUUUUUCCUUUAUUUUGUAAAGUGCCUCUGUAGCACACUGAAUCAGUUACUAUAUUGAUUAUGGGUGAAACUAAUACUGUGUACUUUUAGAUCUAUGGUUUAUUUUUUUAGUUACAUAGUAAAGACUGGAAUGGUAACAAUGUAUUACAAAAUGUCAGAGGGCAAUAAAACCAUUCAUAAUAUGGCCA